AUGUAUGUCCAUCACUUGAUUCAUGCGCUUCGAUUGCAAGCCAUUGAUGUUCCGGAUCAGACUCAGGCCGGAGAGACUCAAUACCUGCCGAUGCCGGGCAUAAGAGUGGAUUUGUCGCGAUCGGGACCGCACUCUGUCUUCUUGAAGAACAUAAACCUCAGUUCUGCAGGAGUUUACAGUCAUAAAUCAGUCGUGAGUCCAUUUGGACAGACAUAUCAUGAGUGCUGUGACCAGCAGUUCGUCUAA